UCGCCUGCAGCUGAAAUCUGGACGCUGAGCUGCUGCUGCUGGAGGCAAUGUGGAGAUAUAGUAUUCAGGCUUUUCUUUUAAUAGAGAAGUGUGUGGAUAGAUACGAGAACAGGCGGGACUUGUAGAGAAAGUUGUUCCUCUUUCUUUCUUGCUGUCUCUCUCUCUCGAGGGUUUUUACAUGUGGACUGUCAUUCAGAAAUACUACUGCAGCCUCACGUGUUUGACCUGAGCCUAUAUAUCUUUCUUUUUUUCUUUUUUUCUACAUUUAAACACAUAUUUUUCGCUCGGUUAGUCUACUUUUUAUACUUUUGUCAAACUUCAUUCACUGCAAGUGUGCGUUUCUUUGCCAGACGCGUCUCUUUUAUUAUUCCUGGCUUGAAUCACGGAUUAAGUUCAUCAUAACAUCACUGGAGAGGAGGUGAAGGACUGUUUUCUGGAGAAAGGCAUGCUAUAUGUGCAUGUCACAGGAGGGUAACAAGACUGUGGAGAUCUCAUCACUUUCUUUUACAAUCUAAGAGGCUGAGGAUUCUUCUUCCAGAGAAUUAAGCCUAAAUGGAGCUGCUCUGGGUCUUUCUGCUGCUGGAGGUGGUCGUGACGUCCACUGCUGCCAGAGGCCCACCCAGGGUGUCAGAGCGGGUGGCCCACCGGCAGAGCAUCCGUCUGGGUCGCACCAUGAAGCUGCCCUGCCCCGUAGAGGGUGACCCGCCGCCGCUCAUCAUGUGGACCAAAGAUGGACGCAACAUCCACAGUGGCUGGACGCGGUUCAGGGUGUUGCAGCACGCUCUGCGCAUCAAAGAGGUGGAGACGGAAGACGCUGGGACGUACAUUUGUAAGGCCACCAACGGGUUUGGCAGCGUCAACAUCAACUACACUCUCAUCGUUAUAGAUGACUCCAGUUCCAGAGGUGGAGCCGGGAUGGCCAAUGGUGACUCUGAACACGCCCCGGAGCUGGCUGGGAAACUGGUGCGUCCACGUUUCACCCAGCCGUCAAAGAUGAGGAAGCGCGUCAUCGCUCGCCCGGUGGGCAGCUCGGUGCGUCUGAAGUGCACGGCGAGCGGUAACCCUCGCCCCGACAUCAUGUGGCUGAAGGACAGUCGGCCGCUGGUGGACGAGGACGGCGGAGCAGAAGGAGGGGAAGGAAAGAAGAAGAAGUGGACUCUGAGUCUGAAGAACCUGAUGCCGAGGCACAGCGGGAAGUACACCUGCCACGUGUCCAACAGAGCAGGAGUCAUCAACGCCACCUACAAAGUGGAAGUCAUACAGCGUACCAACUCUAAACCCAUCCUGACCGGCACUCACCCCGUCAACACCACCGUGGACUACGGAGGAACCACGUCUUUCCAGUGUAAAGUCCGCAGUGACGUCAAGCCGGUUAUUCAGUGGCUGAAAAGAGUCGAACCUGGAGACGAGAACAAAUUCAACUCCACCAUAGAGGUUGGAGACCACCGCUUCGUGGUGCUGCCUACAGGGGAGGUCUGGUCGCGUCCUGACGGAUCCUACCUCAACAAGCUGCUGAUAACCAGAGCCAAGGAGGAGGACGCCGGCAUGUACAUCUGCCUCGGAGCCAACACUAUGGGCUACAGCUUCAGGAGCGCCUACCUGACGGUGCUACCAGAUCUGAAGCCCCAAAACAACGCCGUCCCCACAGCGACGUCCCCGAGCCUCCCCUGGCCCGUCAUCAUCGGAAUACCAGCAGGCGUCGCCUUCAUCUUAGGCACCGCCCUCCUCUGGUUCUGCCAAUCAAAACGCACCUGCUCCUCUUCUUCUUCUUCUUCUUCUUCAUCCUCCUCAGCUCUUCCCGCUGCCCAGCGUCUACCUGCGGCCAGUCGUGACCGAGCUUGCCCGGCGCCGCCUCCUCAGCAAGCCAACGGGGAUAAAGAUUGUCUCUCUUACGAGGACUACGUCGCCCAUCAGCAGCUGCUUCUCGCUCAGGGAGGCACCGGAUUGGCUCCCAAGGUCUACCCCAAAAUCUACACGGAUAUUCACACGCACACGCAUUCGCACGUGGACGGGAAAGUGCACCAGCACCAGCACAUCCACUACCAGUGUUAGCACGCUGCAGUGUUUUCACAUUUACAUGAACAUGUCGCUGUGCACGCAGACUCAUUAACUACAGUUUAAAACUAGCUGCUGAAAGAACAGAGAAAGAAGAACCACACGCAAGAGACUGUAUCCAGAAACAUGGGGUCAACUCUCUUCCUCAUUGUGCUGCAGCCACGUUAUUGUGUAAACAGACUGAUUCAAACUAUGAAGAAUGUAAAGAAAGAAGACAAAGAUCUUUAUUUUUAAGCAGACUGGAAACCGAUCCAGUGAAAUCUAUGAGAGAAAACUCCCCAAACAUGUUUUAUUCAAAGCUUUUUUUAUAUAAAAUCUUUUCUGUAGAUUUUUAAAUCUUGCUUUUUUUUUGCUUCUUUUUGGACACAACCACAACCUCCUCAGUAACAGUAGAAAUAGCUCGCCUACGCUACAAGGCUCCAACUAUAGCUACUCGUGUAUAUAGUGGAUUAUAUGGCAUUUAGCACGCUACUUCAUCCUGGGUAAAUCUAUAAAGAACAAUUAGCAUGUAUGUAAUGUAAUAGCUUAAUUUCAGAGUGUAUCUCAGGCGUCAGCCCAACUGAGCCAUAAAAAUAACAACUCCCACUGUAUCCACACACACACAGCCUCGGCAAGGAUGAGGGCUGCUGCGUUCUGCUUCAGCCGUUCUGAUAAAUGUCUAGCUGCUAUCUGAUGCUGUGUGAAAAAGAGCUGAUGUCAAACUGGUUUCAGACGGCAUGAAUCUCUCUCAGUAAGAUUCAUUUGAGCAGCAGCUACAAUGCGAUUUCUUCUACAAGCAAGGAAAACCUCCGGACAACAGUAGCAGGAGCAAUCAUUAGAUCUGUCCUAACUCCGAUACUGACACUUUCCUGGAGAAAGGUGGCAUUUCCUGCUUCACCUUAUCGCCUUUUCAGCUUUGUAGGAUGCUCGCUGACUUCAGAAGAGAGGGAUGAAGGAUAUCAGUUCUCCUCAUGUCAUACGUUAAGCCAACAGCGCAAAGGGAUCAUCAACAGUGCCUCGGUGUAAAACGGUGCCUUCGAAGAAUUGUUUCCAGAUUUCGUGGAUCACCGUCGGAUCAUUGGAUAAUGUCGCAGAUUCUUCUUAAUCUGUCGUGAGAUUUAGAGGGCUUAAAAGAGAGGAACUUCAUCUUAAACUCUUUAACUUAAAGUCCUCGACUCUUCUUCUUCUUCUUAAAGCGCCGCACAAUAUGACCUCAAGUAUGAUGGAGCAGGGUUUGCAUGUGCUCUUGUUCUCCACACACGGUUUGUUACGAAGCAGCAGACGGACUCGUCUGUUGUCUUUUGUUUUUAUCUAAAGAGGAAAUGGUUUGGAUAAAGUGCUGCCUUCUCACCUGCAGAGCCCUCCUUCACCCUGAUCAAGACAUUUUAGAAAAGAUAAAAUGAUGGGAUGCAGCUUUAAACUGAAUCAGUAUCACAAACAUUUAGAGCCAUAUAUUCUGCAGAGCGUUAUGUUGAUUACGACAGCAGAACCCGUUGACUAGACUCUUAGUGCUGUACAAUGAAUUAGAAUAAUUUCUUGAUACAUUCAAAGAUAUGUUUUGAUUCUGUAUGUUUUGAUUCACACAUCUGCAGAUUUACCACUAAUUAAGUUUAAAGGGGACGUAUCAUGAAAAACUCACUUUUCAGAUCACUUUACCAGCAUUUCAGACCGAGGAUGAAUACAGGUAUAUUCAGACAGACAGUAUGAAGAAAAUAAUGUUUUUUAACAUUAAAGCAUAUCAACAUAUUCUAGUAGAAACCCAAAAUACAUGUAUGAACCUGAAAGUGAGCAUGAUAUGGCCCCUUUAAGUAUUGAGUGAUGGAUUUUAAGCAUUUUAUGCAAUUAGAUAACAGUUCAGUCUCAUGUUAAUGCCAUUUUAAAGCCCCCACACACCCAGAUGUUUUCUCUCAUUUUGGCUGAUUAUUAGACCUGAUUAAAAUCAAUGUGCAUUUGAUUAAUAUUUCUCUCAUUCUCGUGUAGUUUUGUUGCACCUUUUAUCAUUCUUAUUAAUACGUUGAGUUUGUGUUGCUCCUCCUGGCUUCAUCCUGAGGUCUAAUCAGCCAGAUUAACUGAAAACACCUGUGUGGGAGUUCAGGGCCUUUAAUUUGUAGACGGGGAGGUCACCAGCAGCUGCUAUGAGUAAAGCUAAUUAGGAGACUAUAUAAAUGAUCCUAGAAUACGCUGCUUUCAAAGCUGCUUUUCGAGACAUACUGAUUCUCACGUUCUCUUGUUACUUGGUUUGUUCAUGUAUUUGAACGACUGUUAGUUGUUCUUUUACUCUCAUUGUAUCACUGCAUUUUCUCUUACUUACUCAAACCUCAUUAGAAACCUCCACCAACAAAGCUUCUCAGCACACCGCCAGUUACAACAGACUUUCUCUCUCUCAGGUCUCCAUCUUCUUGUUCCUGUGUGUGCUCUUGAAUCUGACCACUAUAUAUAAAAACUGUGCAUUGAUCAGCUGUUUUAAAUCACAGCGCUCUCUGAGAGGCACACUCACGCCAUGUGUACGGUUGAAACGAAGGGGUGACUCUGUCCAGAGAUGUUUUAAACAUAAAAACAAUAAGAAAUGUGAAAUAUUUUAAAGAAACUGUGGGUUUGUCGUGUAGUUGAUUGCACUAGUUGUCUGCAGACCUUUUUCAGGAUGAAAUACGACAGUGAGAACUUUACAAGGGUGCGUUUAAAACAAAAAAACAUGUGACAGGAAGUGAUUUAUUGGAAUCACCUGGUAACUUUAGUUGCACAUGUGGUCGUUCUUCAGCGUGUAUUGUUGUUGCACAUACAUAUUUAAACUCAAGCAGUACAAAUAUAUACAUGUGGAUACUUCAUAUACAGUAUGCCCAUUUUUAUAAUACAGAGAGAUGUCUGUACCAAGUUGAGUCUAAAUCGGACUUGCGACAAAACGUUCAAACCUUUAAUUAAAGCGUGCAAUUAAGGCCGAUUGGGAUCAUAUUUGUUGAGCAGCAUUUGCACAAAACUUCCCCACACACAAACUUUGCACAAACAUUUCGGAAGAAAAAAUACAUAAAUCAGCACAAAAACAAUCAGGGCUUGAACCCCUAAUUAAGUUAAAGUACACCAGAACAGUAAAGAAUAAGCAUAUAUCAAAAUGAUUUUCUUUAACUGAAGAAAGGUCUUGAAAUACUGCCUUAGUAACUCUCCCUCUGUCAUGUUCUUCUUGUCCUCCCAUUUUUCUGUUUUGAAACAUCUGUUGACAAAGUCGCCCUGAACAGCUGGAGUGUGUUCUUUCAUUUUAAAGUUUCUCCUCUCAUGUUGGAGGAUGGAAACGUUUCCAAACAGUAACAUUUUCCUCAAUCAGUGUUUUUCUGUGAAAACUGUUCCGUUACCUUAUUUCACUCAUUUCACAUGUUUAAACUCAUUUAAGUUGUAUUGUGUCAAAGCUAAAGGACUGCCAGUAGACCGACUGUGUAUUACCACUAGCAUGUAGAUGGAAUGACAUUAUAGUGUUGAAGUUAUAGUGUUAGAUGAUUUAGUGAGGAUGCUUUGGACCAUUCAGUAGCUCUAGCAACACAUCGGCCAACUAAACAUUAUAAAUUGUCUCAAGAUUCAAAAAGAAAAGUGUGUUUCUAAUUUAUUUUUUCAUAUAAUUGGGCAUUAUACUGCAUGAGUGGAUUUUGUGUUCUAUUAGUAAUAAGCUAUGUAGCAAAUACCAUGUUCAUGUCAUUGUAAGAUACUGUAUUUAUACGUGCCGACGGAAUAUACGAAAUUUUAUCGAUAAUCUUUGUAUCGACAAUCUUGUACAGUCUGUUGUCAGUUAGGUUAAAAUUUUUGUUUUCUCCCAUUGUAAUCAUUUUAUUGGUGCCAUUAAAAAAAGGUAAAUCUA